GACUUGGCAAUAAUGCCUUUCUGCUCUUGAAUGUUUUUUGUCUAUGUAUUAUCUGGUCUUUGCCGUUGUGUGUAGAUAAUAUUGAGUAUUUUAUCCAUGGAGUUUUUGUCUAUUGAACUCACUGGCAUCAUUUCUGGCUUUAGCAAACCCGUUGCCGCAAGGAUAAGCAAUUUUUUGAAUUUGGAUGAAAGGGUUCACACCCUCAGAGCUGAAAUAAAGAAGUUGAAGGACACAAGGGAUGACUUGAAGAGACGCGUUGACCAGGCUGAGUUAAACGGGUUAACAGCCAGAAACCAGGUGAAAUGGUGGUUAGAAGAGGUCCAAGCCAUUGAAGAUGAAGUAAGCGUGAUGGUGGAAGGUUUCAGGCAGCAGCAGCAAAGGCGAUGUGUGGGUUGCUGCCAUGCAAAUUGUUCUUCAAGAUAUAAGCUAAGCACGAAAGUUGCCAAGAAGCUCAGGGAUGUAGGAGAACUUGUGGACAGAGGCACCUUUGAUACUGUUGCCGAUUCUGGAUCACCUCCUGAUGCAGUCAAGGAGAUACCUACUAGGCCAAUGUAUGGCCUAGAUGUAAUGUUGGAGAAGGUUAGGCAGUUCCUUGCAGACGAUGCAGUAGGAAUUAUUGGAAUUUAUGGAAUGGGGGGUGUUGGGAAAACUGCCCUCUUGAAGAACAUAAACAAUGAAUUCCUUACCAAAACCCAUGAUUUCGAUGUGGUGAUAUGGGUUUUGGUGUCUAAGGAGUUUGUUGCUGAUAAGAUCCAACAAGCUGUUGGGGCAAGGUUGGGGUUGUCUUGGGAAGAAGAUGAGACUCAGGAACAGCGAGCUUUGAAGAUAUGCCGGGUAAUGAGAAGGAAAAGGUUCUUACUAUUGCUGGAUGAUGUUUGGGAAGAACUUGAUCUAGAGAACAUUGGCAUUCCUCUUGCUGACCAGCAAAACAAAUGCAAGGUGAUUUUCACCACCCGGUCAAUGGAUGUAUGCAGUGAUAUGGAUGCUCACAGGAAACUGAAAGUAGAAUUCUUGGAAGAGAAGGAAUCAUGGCAACUCUUCCAAGAAAAAGUAGGUAAAAAGGAGCUCUUGGAUUUAUCCUCCAUCCGCCCUCAUGCUGAGAAGAUUGUCAAAAAAUGUGGAGGCCUUCCACUUGCCUUAAUCACAAUUGGAAGGGCCAUGGCAAACAAAGAAACAGAGGAGGAGUGGAAGUAUGCAAUAGAACUACUGGACAAUUCUCCAUCAGAACUCAGAGGUAUGGAAGAUGUCUUUACUCUCUUAAAGUUCAGCUAUGACAAUUUGGAUAACGAUACGCUGAGAUCAUGCUUCUUGUAUUGUUCCUUAUUCCCUGAAGACUUCUCCAUUGAGAAAGAACAGCUUGUAGAGUAUUGGGUUGGGGAGGGAUUUUUAGACAGCUCUCAUGAUGGUAAUGUCCAGAACAAGGGACAUGCUGUUAUUGGAUCUCUGAAAGUUGCAUGCUUACUGGAAAAUGGUGAAGAGAAAACCCAAGUGAAGAUGCAUGAUGUCGUCCGAAGCUUUGCCUUGUGGAUAUCAUCUGGGUAUGGGAGAAAUGAAAAGAAGUUUCUCAUACAGCCCAGCAUAGGCCUGACUGAAGCUCCCAGAGUAGAGAACUGGAGAUUUGCAGAAAGGAUUUCAUUGUUAGAUAAUGGGAUCACUGCUCUAUCAGAAAUACCAGAUUGCCCCAGCUUAUCAACCUUGCUGCUUCAAUGGAACAGCGGUUUAAACAGAAUCACAGUUGGGUUUUUCCAUUUUAUGCCAGUUCUUAGAGUCCUGGAUCUGUCAUUCACCAGUCUGAAAGAGAUCCCUGUGAGCAUCGGUGAAUUAGUCGAGUUGCGUCAUCUAGAUCUCUCAGGGACUAAGCUAACUGCAUUGCCUAAAGAGCUAGGAAGUCUGGCAAAGCUGAGGCUUUUGGAUCUGCAACGAACGCAUUCUCUUAGAACAAUCCCACAUGAGGCGAUAUCCAGACUUUCCCAGUUGAGAGUCUUGAAUUUUUAUUACAGUUAUGGGGGCUGGGAAGCGCUCAAUUGUGAUGCCCCUGAGAAUGAUGCUAGCUUUGCAGAUUUGGAAGGCUUGAGACACCUUUCCACCCUUGGGAUAACAGUAAUUGAAUCCACUACCCUGAGGAGGCUUUCUCGUUUGAACACUCUGCUGAAGUGUAUAAAGUAUCUAUACAUCAAGGAAUGUGAAGGGUUAUUCUAUUUACAAUUUUCAUCGGCUUCUGGUGAUGGCAAGAGACUAAGGCGGCUCAGCAUCAAUAACUGCUAUGAUUUGAAGUACUUGGCGAUUGGUGUAGGGGCCGGAAGGAACUGGCUGCCAAGCCUUGAGGUUCUCUCCUUACAUGGCCUUCCCAACUUAACCAGGGUAUGGAGGAACUUGGUUACUCGAGAAUGCCUCCAGAAUCUUCGAUCCAUAAGCAUUUGGUACUGCCAUAAGUUGAAGAAUGUCUCAUGGAUUUUACAACUGCCCAGGCUUGAAGUACUCUACAUAUUCUACUGCAGUGAAAUGGAGGAAUUGAUAUGUGGGGAUGAAAUGAUAGAGGAGGACCUGAUGGCCUUUCCAAGCCUUAGAACAAUGUCCAUCCGAGACCUCCCAGAAUUAAGAAGCAUAUCCCAGGAGGCUCUGGCUUUUCCUUCCUUGGAGAGGAUUGCAGUGAUGGACUGUCCAAAACUGAAGAAGCUGCCACUCAAAACUCACGGUGUCUCGGCCCUGCCAAGAGUCUAUGGCAGCAAGGAAUGGUGGCAUGGACUGGAAUGGGAUGAAGGGGCAGCCACCAAUUCUGCCAUCCUUCCUCCCUUUAUGGCAACUUGAUGAAGCUAUCUGUGCUUGUGAUUCCAAGGAUUUUACUCCAUUGCAGAAUUUCAGUUGAAUGCAAUUUCACACUCUUGUAUAUAUGUUUUCUAAACUGUUGAAGAAAAAGUAAAAUAACAGUCUUCUUCUUAACUA